AUGUUGCGUUGUUCGUGGUCAUUAACGGAUGACUUGCUACGCAAGAUGCCCUGGCCAUAUAGGUCCGCCUUGUUCAGGAUGCAAAAUCAGGACAAGGCCGACGGCGAUAACCUUUCAAAGAUCGAAGACAUGCUAGGCAAGCUGGGCCAUGUGCUAUUGGGCAUACCGAGGACUUCUAUUGAGCCUGCAAACUGGCAAUGGCUUGAGGAGCAGACGUCACCCAGGGCCUUAGAGUGGGUCGGCCAAGAGAACAAUCUCACAAUCAAGGUGCUCGAUGGGCUGCCUAACGCGGGGACGCUGCGGGAUACAAUUAUGGAGCUUGCCAAUAGUAAUGCCCAGAGUCCAGAGUUUUGGGUCGCUGGACAACUCUUUCGACUGCGGAAAAAUGCUACAAACCAGCGCGGCAUUUUAGAGCGGGGAGAGAGGGUUACGGAUGGCUCCUUGAGUGAAUGGCGCAAGGUCAUUGACAUUCAGGAGCUGAGUAAGGAUGAAGACAAGGACUUUGGGUUUUCCGCCUUCAAUUUUGGCAGCAUGAUCCUUGGUCGGGAUGGUUCGAGACUGCUUCUCCAACUGUCCAACGCGGGUUCAGACCUCACUGAGAUUCGCGAGGUGGACGUCGAGAGGGGAAAGCUUGUCAAAGAUGGGUUUCGCACUAGCCCAGGCCAUACAACAGCUGCGUGGUUGGAUCGCGACCAUAUCCUCAUCAUCCACGCUUUGACUGGUGGUCCAACAAACGAUAUAGGCUGGCCUACUACGGCGUAUAUCUGGCAACGUGGGACCCCACUAGAAGAGGCAAGGCCCAUCCACUCGGCUUUACCGACUGAUUCGCUGUAUGUAGCUGCCAACAUUGGGGCAGGUGAGCAGGGCCAUCGCGGGUUGAUCAAGCGAUAUGUGGACUUUUCAACAAUCAUCCAUUAUCUUGUCUCACUUGAUGGUACGGUCGAAGAGGUCAUGUUACCCACCGCGGUGUCCAUGACGCCUCCGGAAGUGGCGACUAAUCGCCAUCUCAUUGUGUCGCUGACACAGGCCUGGGACAGUCAUGACACGGAGCUUCCUCCCGGUACGGUCCUGGCCUACGAUACCGAGGAACCCGGUGGGCCUAGCGAAUCUAGAAUUACGGUCGUUCACAUCCCAGAAGACAACGAGUUUAAUCCUGAUAUAAUUGUUGAUGGCAUGAGGGCGAGCCAGUCCCGGGUGUAUCUCACUACUACCUUGGAGGGCAACGAGAGACGUCUGGUGUUCGAAUACGACAGCCCAAGGUGGAGGUUAGUUCGGACCUCGCCCACUGGCAACGGCUUACAUGCCGCCGUCAUUGCGUCGGGUCGUUAUACGGACCAUGUUGUCGUCAGUGAAAGUGGAUAUCUCCAGCCGGCCGAAUUUUGGGUAGAGGACAUGAACGGCAUCAAUACGCAGAAGCUCCAUAGUCAAGUGGCUGUAUUUAACGGCGAAGACUUUGUAGCUAGCAAGGGCGUGGCCGAAAGUAAGGACGGCACGCUGAUCGACUACCUUGUGCUUGCGCCCUCCAGCCACAGCUAUCCAGAUGGAGAGCUCCCGGUGCUUGUAACUGGCUACGGCGGGUUCGGCAUCACAGUCACAACAGGAUACCUUAACUAUUUUGUUGGCGGAGUAUCCAUUGUACCAUGGUUUGAGAGCGGGGGCGCGCUUGUCAUUGCAUACAUCCGGGGUGGCGGGGAGCGCGGCGAGGCUUGGCAUCAGUCAGCGGUGCGCGAGAAUCGCCAGAAGUCGUACGACGAUUUCGCAGCAGUCGCGGAAAAGCUCAUCGCCAACGGAGUCACCUCGCCGCAGCAUAUGGGAGUCUUUGGUUCGUCACAUGGAGGCUUACUUGCCGCCGUCAUGGGGACACAAAGACCAGAUCUCUUCGGUGCGGUGGUGGCCGACGUUCCGAUAACGGAUAUGCUAAGGUACCACCUUAUGGGAGCUGGCGCCGUAUGGGUCGACGAAUACGGUCACCCUAAUGAGCCAGGGAUGGAGCCGAUACUGCGAGCCUAUUCGCCUUUCCACAACGUAGCAAAGGGGACUCAGUACCCCGCCUUCUUCGCCACGAUCUCAACGACAGAUGACCGGGUCGGGGCCGGACACGCUAGGAAAUUAAUCGCGAGGCUUCAAGAGGCUGGGUCAGCGCGGGCAUUUCUCUACGAGGACCGGUCCGGUGGACAUACAGUCAGCGAUCCGUUUAAAAAUGCUGCCUUACUCGCGAGGCGUAUGGCGUUUUUCAUGCACCAUUUAAUGUAA